AUGGCCACGACGCUAGCUGGUGGCCUUCUACUCUCGCACGUCGCACUCUGUCCGCCUCCGCUCCUCAUCCAGAAGAAGCCACGCAGAGCAACGUUUCGUCGGCGCAUCCUUCGUAAGUCAACUCAUAGUCAGAACAACUCCCAGUACGUCUUCGGCCCGCUAGAUGAUAUCAUCGACGAAAUCAAAGGCGACAUCUGGGGGUCACCGCUCGAUCAUAGCUCCCAUUCCUCUAUCAACGAUUGGGCAAGCUUCCUCAACGUGCCGUCAACGUGGGCCGUGACACCUCUGCCUGUUAGCCGUCUCCCCAGCGACCAGCCUCUGACGAUACGCAAGAACAGAAAUAGCCUCUCGUCAGCAUCGGACUCGAGCACAGGAGAUCAGAUGGCCUUCUCGCGCAACAAUAGCCAAGAGGAGCCCAUGACCGGCGGCGCGGUAGGUCCUCCUUAUACCACUAGCACAACCCCAUGGCCGCUGUUGGACACUGUGACAUCGUACGAGCCCAUACACUCGUCCAGCCCUCCCGAGUCCACCGUUGGCUCUAGACACACUACUGCGCAACAGGCUUUGGAAAAUGUGGUUCACAACGCCAAUGUCCGCCCUGAGGCUACGAGGCGACGUUCGUCUCGACUCCGGCUAUUCACAACUGGGUUGUCUCGUUUGCGCCGCACAGGAACCGGAGAGACGAGUGGUAGCGCGGGCGACACUUCUGACACAUCUUCCCCAACGACUACUGUAGUGCUUGCAACCCAUGCAGAGGCGGAGAUGGAGCUUGACACGAAAGACCCGAGCGAGGAAGCCGUGGAGGCGUAUAUGAGGAAACACGCGCGCAACGGUACUAAGUUUGGAUCGGUGAUGAAGCUCAUCACCAAACAACUACCUUCCCCUACUGAAGAUCAUGACAAUUCAGAUGAACAUGUCUUGGCGAAGGCGUCGAAGAUACCUACGACAUUACGGGCAGCUGUCAGGAUCUUUCCCGAAAUCAAGGUUCUCACCGAAGACUUGCAGGAGUAUAGCGUGGCAGUAGAUGUUGAGGGAGUCUUGCACAAUCGGAAACCGCUUCCAGACACUACAAUUGAUGUGAUCUUUGUGGUGGAUAACGGCGCAGAUAGCGAGGAGACUUUCCGAGACUUGACUACCGGGAUCGCAGUAUGUGGUACACAGGUAUGGGAGCCGCCUCGCCCGAACCCAUCCAUGGCCGAGGUCAUUAUCGGCGUGGCAAGGUCACUGGAGGAUCAAGAUCUAAAGAUCGGUCGCACUCACGUCAUCUUGUUAUCUCCCGCUACUUACAUCCUACACGGCGUCUCGACAUACUUCCCCGAUCUGUACAUCCACCGAGUCAAUCCUGCAGCUCUGCCUUAUCGCCGCGAUCCUGAGGUUCUAGACACUAUAUGCACCGACAACUGCUGCAUGAAUGUGUUCAUUAGCAAUUGGGCUUCCUACCAGUCCCUUCCCGGUCGCAUCAAGCGCAUCAUGAAAAAUGCUCGCGCCGAAAAGCCUGUUGGAGAGCUCACCAAUGUGUCUAUCGAUAUACGUACCAGACAUGGCUGCAAGAUCAUCGAGAGCUGUGGGAGCCAAGAUAUUCCCGUCUUGCGCCUUGGGCAAGUUCAUACCUUCGUUAUGCGGAUUCGCGUCACUCGAACUGAGACACAGGGUGUCGAUCUUGAAUCAGGCAAUCCUGUCUUCAAUUCGAGUCUGGAUAUCAAGGGUCUGAGACAGACACUGCAGAAUUCGAUUGCCAUCGGUGCCAUCAAGGUUCACCUCUUCGACGUGCAGGCUUUCCACCGUAACUCCUUGCACGCAGAGGAUUGUUGGAACUACACCGAGACUCCGCUACUAGCCAUACGCGAAAUGGGUGGUCUGGCACCUCCCCUAGACACAGCCAUGGAGGUCUACAAGCGCAAGUACUUCCAUAGGUUCAGUCGACUGAAGACCAACGAGGCCAAGAUUGAACUUGAGACUCUGCUGACUAACUUGGCCGGUACCAAUGACGAAGCAAAAAGGUUCAUCGAGCGCCUUGCUAAAGAAAUCGAUUGCCACCAAGCAAUCCAAGAGUACAAGCACAACUACCGACAAAAGCUCCCACUAUGUCCCGGCCCGAUUACGGUCGAAGCAUCUCAUGAGUGGCUUGUGGACUUGUGGAACAAGAAGAAGAGCAAACGCAAGGGUGUGGCUGUCGUGCAAGAAGAGGAUAUCAACAAUCUCAAUGACGGCAUCAAUGGUAUGUAAAGAUUGGGCUGAGGCGAUACGUCUCUACUGCGCGGAGAAGUUUGGUGUGUG